AUGAAUAAUGUGAUACGGAAGAGUCGUCUAUUUUUAGUUUCGAUUAACAUCAUCCUCGCGCUAUUCAUUUUUCAAACGGGAUUUCUGCUGAAACGGCAGGAAAUUCGAGAGAAAAGUCGAUGUCAGGAUGCGAAAGGUGGCGAUGGGGCAAUAUGUUGGGCAAAACCGCAAUACAAACGGAUAAUUGUUAUGCUAAUUGACGCAUUGAGAUAUGAUUUUCUAAUUCCGCCAUCACAUUCAUCGCACCAUAAUUACUACACCGGACAGAUGAAGAACGUCUAUGAACAACUUAAAGCCGGAAAGAAUUGCGGAAUAGGAACAUUAAUAGCUGAUCCGCCGACUACCACCCUUCAACGAAUCAAAGCACUGACGACCGGAACAUUGCCAACGUUCAUUGAUGCCGGAGAGAAUUUCUCGCCGGAUGCUAUCGUCAAUGAAGACAAUUUUCUGUAUCAGGCGAAUUCGCUUGGAAUGAAUGUCUCAAUUAUGGGAGAUGAUACUUGGCUUUCUCUUUAUCCGGAACAAUUUUCGAAAGCCUUUGUUCACUAUUCGUUUGAUAUCAAUGAUUUGAAUACAGUGGAUGAUAAAAUCAAGCCUGUUUUUGAGCAAGAAGUUCGAGAAUCGAAUUCAUCGAUUAUUAUUGCUCAUUUUCUCGGUGUGGACCAUUGCGGACACAAAUAUGGUCCAAAACAUCCCGUCAUGGCAGAUACAUUAAGAAAGAUGGACCGAAUAAUUGGUGAGACUUUGAACGGGAUGAGAGAUGAUGACCUGCUUAUGGUGAUCGGCGAUCACGGAAUGACAAUCACUGGUGAUCACGGAGGCGAUUCUGAUGAUGAAGUGAAAGCCGGAAUAUUUGUUUACGCAAAAAAUCGCGAAAUUCGCCUUCCAACGCAACCAAUAAGUCAGAUUGACAUUGUCCCCACGAUUUCAUUGCUUUUGGGUCUUCCCAUACCGUUUUCGAAUCUUGGCACCGCUAUUCUGGAAUUGUUCCCUAUCGAAAUGAGGGAGUCGGUAGUGGCGAUGAAUUACGAGCAGAUCAAAAGAUUCGCCGAAACGUAUACACUUCAAAAACGUUUCGGUGCGUUGUAUGAGGUGACGGCAAGAGAAGUGAAUUCCAUGCAAGACCAAAUUUGGGCAAUGUCGCGGAUUCAACGAACUCUUCGCGAUGCAUGGACUCAGUUUGAUGACUCCUACAUCAUUAUCGGAAAUAUUUGUUUAAUCGAAGCGAUUUUAUUCUUGCUGUCCGCUCAGAAGGUCUCAAUCGAAUGGUUCAUUGUGCGUUCUGGAUGUAUUCUAUUGCAAUGCGCGUUGUUGGUAGAUCAUUCUGAAUCAAAAGCGGCCAACACACUAUUAACGAUGGCGUUGUCGGUAUCAUGCCUUUCUUCAGCCAUAUCGCUGGUCUCACGCAAAUUACAAGAGGGCUUCAAAAUUGGCGUCGCCGAUAUUGCGUUUGUCGCCGUCGUUCUACAUUCGGUCUCACAAUUUUCCAAUAGUUUUGUGAUUUAUGAAGCGAUGGUGACACGAUACUUGAUUCAAGGAGUUCUUCUAGCCUCAACCAUCGCAAAUAUUGGAAAUUUGGCGAAAAAGAAGUCGUCGAUUUGGAGUAAUCGUUCACUCCAAUUAUUAGUUAUUUGUUUAGCGAUUCUACGAAGUGAGCCGUAUUUUCAUCGAUGUCGUGAAGAGGAGGUCGAUUGCGUUCAGCACUAUCCGGCGCAGAUUUUCAGUUCGCUCUCAGUCGAUGCCCAAUUCUGGAGGGUUCUUUUCGCCGCAAUCUCGCUGCUAGGCUUCAACUAUGGAUUCCAUAAAUAUUUUUGUUCGCCUUCAACUUGUUCAGGAUCGCUGCGAAUCCUAAGAGCACUAUCAUUUCCAAUAAUCGCUCUGAUAAGUUUCCAUUCGAUUCUGCAAGUCCUACCAAAUUCAUCGUUUCGAGCUGUCAUCACCGUUCAAAUAAUAUAUAUUGGUAGUCUUAUUUCGGUUAUCGUUGCAAUUUCGAACGGACGUUCGGGAUAUCCAUUCGCGAUUCAAUCAGCUUUAUGGCCAUGUUUUCUGAUUGUUGGCGAUGGCCAACAGCCAGCUUUAAUUCUUUAUAUCACAUUAAUUUAUUUGGCAACGAGAAUCGUUGAAAAAGAUGAACUCCCAGCACUCAUAACCCUUCUGAUUACUUAUGGCUUCUACUUCACUGGCCACUCACCGGCGAUAUCGUCGAUUCCGUGGCACGCGGCGUUUAUUGGAAUUUCGGGCAACUCGAAUUUCCGCCUAUUGUCUGGAUUGCUUGUAAUGAUCAAUUUGAACAUCUCCGCGUUGAUUUGCGCAACAUUCACCGUCCUUCUGGGGACCAUUUCAAUUCGGCGGGUUCUCGCACUGAUGGCGAUUCGAAGUCUCUUCUCCUGCUUCGCUGCCUCAGUUCAUCGCCGUCAUCUCAUGGUUUGGAAGAUUUUCGCGCCAAAGUUCAUUUUUGAAAAUGUUCUUUUUAUCUCAUUCAUUACAGUAAUCCUUCUAACAACUAUUGUGUUGAGACGCAAAAAUUUCAAACUAGUAAAACCUGAAAAGUAUAACGCAUUCGACGACGAAGAUAUUAACAAAAAGAAAAAGAACCCAGCGUAA